AUGUCCAGGCCAGGAGUUGCCAGCGAAGCGGAAAAAGAAAAGAGGAGAAGGGAAGAAAAAAAGGAAAGGAAAGAACAAGGGGAACAAGAAGGAAAGAAGGAAAGACCAACACAUGAUGUACGUCAUAGUACGGUCUUGUUGCAAACCCAAGUCGGCAUUUUGCGGCCCGUUGCCUACGAGUUGGACCUCCCUUCGACGAUGCGCAUUCAUCCUGUUUUCCAUGUCUCGCUCCUCGAACCUUAUCGCCCCAACACUCUGCCCUCUCGUCAGCAACCUGUGCCGCCGCCGCCCGACCUCAUUGACGGCCAGGAAGCCUUCGUCGUCGAAAGGAUCCUCGACUCUCGCGUUCGCCAUGGCUCGCUUCAAUACUUCGUUGAUUGGACUGGCUAUGGACCUCAGGAUCGUGAGUGGGUUGACGCUUCCGAUUUCGAUGAUGACGAUGCUCUCGUCCUCGACUUCCAUCGCUCGAAACCUCGCAAGCCUGGCGCUGACCGUAUCCAACAUCUCGCGGAGCUCGACGCUUAACCCGGGGGUACUGUCACGAAUGGGAGUUUCGCCACUCCAAGUUCGGCCUCUCAGCACCCACGUCAUCCGCGUGACUUGGGCCUUCCCGCGCUUCGGACCUCCUCUCCCCGCUUCGGCACCUGCACUGCCUUCUUCUCCUCCAACUAUACGCUCACAACCCUCUCGCCCCCGACUCUUACGUGA